UGCUGAAAACCAGUCAGCUACAGUGUUUUUAGGUCAACUGAAAUGAGAAUGUAUGGAAGUUAUGCAUUUGAAAUGGUUUGGUUAAAAUGGUUUUAAAUGAAACCUUUCUAAACCUGCUUUUUCAUUGUGGUGAUGUACAGGAGGGCAUUUCGACAUGCAGCACGUUCUGUUCCUGUCAUGGCUUUGCUGUUUCUGCCAAGCGUAUAACAGACUUCAUCAUUUCAGCUCUUUCUUCACAGCUUGUUAUGGAUGACUGCUUCGGCCCCCUUAGUGAAUGUGUCAGCGUGACCUCCAUCAGAAAAGGUGUCUUUGUGAGGGGGGUGGAGAUGAUAGGACCUUGGGAGUUUUCCUUUUGAAAAUGAUGAAGGAUGUCGAGCUUGAGGAGGCUCAGAUCCUGAUUUUUUGGUCAGAGAAGAAGAAAUGUAACAACCAAUCAAACAAGAGGGACAAUCAGAAGUCAUUCCAAUCAGCUGUGAAACCCUCCAAGAAAGUCAGGCCUGUUAGCAGGAGUCCAGCUCUGUGCAGUUCUGUGUUCUUUAAGCAUAUCUUCAGUAGUUUAGGUAUGAAGAUGCCCUCCAAAAUGAACUACUCUCCUCUCCUGCAUGUACACUCACCGCCACCUCAGCCAUGUCAUAAAGUGUGUGACGUAGAAUACAGCUCCAGUAUGAAAGGGCAGACUGUGCUCAGCCAGGCAGAAAGAGCAGUGCUGUGUGGGGCCCCUCCACCUGCAGCCAGCGGCCCCGCUCUGAAAGAUCAGCUGUGGCCCGAGGAAAGCUCCGGGAUGGAGAGGCUGCUGAGGAAAUGUCACAUCAGAAACCAGCUGGUCAGGGAGUGCAUGGCCGAAUGCCUCGGGGUCUACGUCCUCAUUCUAUUUGGAUGUGGCUCCGUUGCCCAGGUGACCACAACUGAAGAUAAGAAGGGGCAGUACCUGUCAAUCAAUCUGGGUUUUGCUCUGGGAGUAACAUUUGGGGUCUUUGUGUCUCGUGGAGUCUCAGGCGCCCACCUGAACCCUGCUGUCUCUCUGAGCCUGUGUGUUCUGGGCAGACAUCCCUGGCUGAAGCUGCCCUUCUACGUCUUCUUCCAGGUGCUCGGAGCCUUUCUGGCUGCUGCCACCGUCGGCCUGCAGUACUACGAUGCCAUCCAGACAUACAGCGGAGGAGUGCUGACAGUGACAGGUCCCACUGCCACUGCAGGGAUAUUCUCCACCUACCCAGCUGACUACCUCAGUGUGUGGGGGGGAGUGGUGGACCAGGUGAUCGGCACGGCUGCUCUGCUGCUGUGUGUCCUGGCUCUGGGCGACCGGAGGAACAGCCCCCUCCCUGACGGGGCUCAGCCUGUGCUGGUGGGGGCAGCCGUGUUAGUGAUUGGCAUCGCCAUGGGCUCCAACAGCGGCUACGCCCUCAACCCGGCCAGGGAUUUCGGGCCUCGACUUUUCACAUACAUCGCCGGUUGGGGGGUGGAUGUUUUUAAGGCCGGAAGCGGGUGGUGGUGGGUGCCCAUAGUGGCUCCCUGUGUCGGGGCGCUGCUGGGAACACUGAUCUACGAGCUGAUGAUUGAAGUCCACCACCCCCCCACUGCGGCUGAGCUCCAGACCUCGUGUCUGGAGGUCACUGAGGGCAAGAUGGGGCUGGAGUUCGGGGGGCCGGAGUGUGUAAAGCCUGCUUAGCCAUGAUAAAGAGGAGAACAACUGUCAUGUGUGCAGUAAAUGCUAUUUAUAUUGUGCUUACUAAUGAAGCUGUCUUUGUAAAUGUCUGACUGUUUAUUUGAAUAUCUAUUCUGGUGCAGCAGAUCAAUGAAAACAGUCCCAUUUGUAAACAGAAAGAAGCUGUAAACACUGUGUG